CCUUCCGUAGCGCUGCGAUUCGGGGUGCCGCCGCCAGAGCCGGGCCGCGCGAUGGGCAGCCGCGGGCAGCCGUCGGAGCCGCGCCGCCGACCGCCUCCAGAACCGAGCCGAGGGGGAUCCCGAAGGGCCGCGGGGCGCUCGGGCACCGAGGGGUAGCGGCAGGACCCCGCCGCGGGACGCGCCGACGCUCCGGAGAGCGUGUGCGCCCGGAGGACAGCACAAUAGCCGGGAGGAGGAGACAGGGAAAGGGGCAGGGGGAAAGGAGGAGAGAGAAAGAGAAAGCACAACACGGGGGCUGGUAAGGGGAGCACGGAGCUGAGGGCUCCCGAGCGCGGAGGCACCGAGGACCGUGGCCGGCACGGCGGCGGCUGGAGCUUCUUUCCCUUAUUCUCCAAUUACUCCCGUAUGCAAAAUGGUGGACCCUGUGGGGUUUGUAGAGGCUUGGAAAGCACAAUUUGCAGACUCUGAGCCUCCUAAAAUGGAUCUGAAAUCUGUGGGUGACAUUGAACAGGAGCUGGAGAUGUGCAAAGCAUCUAUCCGGAGACUGGAGAUGGAGGUCAACAAGGAGAGGUUCCGCAUGAUUUACCUGCAGACUCUUCUGGCAAAGGAGAAAAAAAGCUACGAUAGACAGAGAUGGGGUUUUAAACGUGCUUCUCAGUUGCCUGAAGGGGGUGCUGACCAGCAGAUCCGAGACCUGCCUCAUCCCCAGUCUGCUGACCAAGAUGAACACGAAAAAAGCAAGUCGCACCAUGGGGAGGAGAAGUUCAAACCUAGGAUACCUUCUAUGCGGAAGCUUUCUACCCAGAGCGAUGGGUCAGACCUGUCACCUUUGGACAGUCCCCAUCAUGGAGAGGGAGAACAGGACAGGUGUAAGUAUUACGGUGAGGAGAAAUUGAAGAGAGUGGUAGAAAAUACGGAAAGUCGCUGUGACGCAGAUGGAUCUCCUUCGAAACACAGAUCGUCUUCCACUCGCAGGUUAGUGGGAUCUGCUGAGAAGGAGGGAUUGUUUGAACCUAUUUCAAAGGACAGAGGGAACAGCACCAGUGUGGCAGCCCUAAGGUCCAAUUUUGAGAGGAUUAAAAAGGGCAAUUCACAUCAUUCUGGAGAUAACAAGGAUGUUGUUGAAAAACCCUUUUAUGUAAACAUGGAGUAUCAUCAUGAGAAAGGUCUGGUGAAGGUCAACGAUAAAGAUGUUUCUGAUAAGAUAAGCUCUCUUGGUAGUCAAGCCAUGCAAAUGGAACGCAAAAAGUCCUUACACUCCCUUCCUUCAAGCGUGGCGCCCAGCUUCAAUGAACUCCAGCGGCCUGCUUACAGGGGGAGGUCCUCAGAGAGCAGUUUCGGCUAUGAUGGAGAAUACGAAGAUGCUGAACUGAACCCCAGGUUUCUCAAAGAUAAUCUGAUAAAUGCCAAUGGGAGCAACCGCUCACCUUGGCAGCCCAUGGACUUUCAACCCUAUCAGAGUAUCUAUGUUGGUGGAAUGAUGGGGGAGACAGAAGGGAAAGGGCCUAUCAUGAGAAAUCAGGGUAUGGGGGACCUUGAGAAACAUCUCACUUGGCCCAGGAGAUCUUAUUCCCCCAGGAGUUUUGAAGACAUUGGGGGAGGAUAUACUCCAGAUUGUAGCUCUAAUGAGAACCUGACCUCCAGUGAGGAAGAUUUCUCUUCAGGACAGUCCAGCCACAUCUCCCCCAGUCCCACCACUUACCGCAUGUAUCGGGAUAAAAGCCGUUCUCCCUCCCAGAACUCUCAGCAGUCCUUUGACAGCAGCAGUCCACCAACUCCACAGUCUCAGAAACGGCACAGGCAGCAGCAGGUCAUUGUAUCUGAGGCUACUAUUGUGGGCGUACGAAAAACAGGACAGAUCUGGCCAAGUGAUGGAGAUUUGCCUUCUGGGAGAUGUCACCAGGACAGCCUCUUCCAUGGAGAUGCAGAUGCUUCAUGCAGUGGCACACCACCCAGCUAUGCGUAUGAUGCGGACCGUGCUGAAGAGCAGAGGCGACAUCAUGAUAUGAUGCCCUACAUCGAUGACUCGCCAUCAUCUUCCCCCCAUCUCAGUUCCAAGAGUCGAGGCAGCAGAGACACUCUAUCUUCAGGGUCUCUGGAAUCUACAAAAUCAAGUGAGCCAGAUCUGGAGAAAGGACUGGAGAUGAGAAAAUGGGUCCUGUCAGGAAUCCUGGCCAGUGAGGAAACCUACCUGAGCCACCUGGAGGCUCUGCUGCUGCCUAUGAAGCCUUUGAAAGCAGCUGCCACCACCUCUCAGCCUGUGCUGACUAGUCAACAGAUUGAGACAAUAUUCUUCAAAGUGCCUGAGCUCUAUGAGAUCCACAAAGAAUUCUAUGAUGGACUCUUUCCCCGAGUGCAGCAGUGGAGUCACCAGCAGCGUGUUGGAGACCUCUUCCAAAAGCUGGCCAGCCAGCUGGGAGUGUACCGGGCCUUUGUGGAUAACUAUGAAGUUGCUAUGGAGACAGCAGAGAAAUGCUGCCAAGCCAAUGCUCAGUUUGCUGAAAUCUCUGAGAAUCUAAAAGCUAGAAGCACAAAGGAAUCUAAAGAUCAGACGACGAAAAAUUCCUUGGAAACUCUGCUGUACAAGCCAGUGGAUCGAGUGACUCGCAGCACACUUGUACUGCAUGAUUUACUCAAGCACACUCCAGUGAGCCACCCUGAUCAUCCACUCCUGCAGGAUGCCCUGCGGAUCUCACAGAACUUCCUUUCCAGCAUCAAUGAGGAGAUCACACCUCGUCGGCAGUCUAUGACUGUAAAGAAGGGAGAGCACCGGCAGCUGCUGAAGGACAGUUUCAUGGUGGAGCUUGUUGAGGGGGCUCGCAAACUACGUCAUGUCUUUCUUUUUACUGAUCUGUUCCUGUGUGCCAAGCUCAAGAAGCAGAUUGGAGGAAAAAGCCAGAAGUACGACUGCAAAUGGUACAUCCCACUCACUGACCUUAGUUUCCAAAUGGUGGAUGAGUCUGAGGCAGUGCCCAACAUCCCCCUGGUACCUGAUGAGGAACUGGAUGCCAUGAAAAUCAAGAUAUCACAAAUCAAGAAUGAUAUCCAGCGUGAAAAGAGGGCCAAUAAGGGCAGCAAGGUCAUUGAGAGGUUGAAAAAGAAGCUCUCAGAACAGGAAUCACUCCUGUUGCUGAUGUCUCCCAGCAUGGCUUUCCGGGUGCACAAUCGCAAUGGCAAGAGUUACACAUUCCUCAUUUCAUCAGACUAUGAAAGGGCAGAGUGGAGGGAGAACAUCCGGGAGCAGCAGAAGAAAUGCUUUAAAAGCUUCUCACUCACAUCAGUGGAACUCCAGAUGCUGACAAAUUCCUGUGUGAAACUCCAGACAGUCCACAACAUUCCCCUCACUAUCAAUAAGGAAGAUGAUGAAUCUCCAGGUCUCUAUGGAUUCCUCAAUGUCAUUGUCCACUCUGCUGCAGGAUUCAAGCAAAGUUCAAAUUUGUAUUGCACGUUAGAGGUCGAUUCUUUUGGGUAUUUUGUGAACAAGGCCAAAACCAGAGUGUACAGAGACACCACGGAGCCCAACUGGAAUGAGGAGUUUGAGAUUGAGUUGGAAGGCUCACAAACUCUGCGGAUUUUGUGCUAUGAGAAGUGCUACAACAAAAUGAAGCUCACCAAAGAGGAUGGAGAGAGCACAGAUCGCAUAAUGGGAAAAGGGCAGAUCCAGCUGGACCCACAGACACUGCAGGACAAAGACUGGCAACGCACGGUCAUCUCAAUGAAUGGAGUUGAAGUGAAGCUGUCAGUGAAGUUUACCAGUCGAGAGUUCAGCCUGAAGAGGAUGCCAUCACGGAAACAGACAGGGGUCUUUGGGGUCAAGAUUGCUAUUGUCACCAAGAGGGAGAGAUCAAAGGUGCCUUACAUAGUGCGCCAGUGUGUGGAGGAGAUAGAACGCCGUGGAAUGGAGGAGGUGGGCAUCUACCGCGUCUCUGGGGUCGCAACUGAUAUCCAGGCUUUGAAAGCGGCCUUUGAUGUCAAUAACAAAGAUGUGUCAGUGAUGAUGAGCGAGAUGGAUGUUAAUGCUAUUGCAGGCACAUUGAAGCUGUACUUUCGAGAGCUGCCUGAGCCUCUCUUUACAGAUGAACUGUACCCCAACUUUGCAGAGGGCAUUGCGCUUUCAGAUCCCGUUGCAAAGGAAAGCUGUAUGUUGAAUCUAUUGUUAUCACUUCCAGAACCCAACCUUGUCACAUUCCUUUUCCUUUUGGACCAUUUAAAAAGGGUUGCUGAGAGGGAGAGCAUUAACAAGAUGUCCCUGCAUAAUCUUGCGACUGUCUUUGGACCAACGCUGCUCAGACCUUCAGAGAAGGACAGUAAAAUCCCUGCCAACCCAACCCAACCUAUAACAAUGACUGAUAGCUGGUCACUAGAAGUCAUGUCCCAGGUUCAAGUCCUUCUGUACUUCCUGCAGCUAGAGACCAUCCCUACCCCAGACAGCAAGAGGCAAAGCAUUCUCUUUUCCACAGAGGUGUAGAUGUGUGUGAUGCCAACAGGACUGCAAAAGAACCCCACAAACCCAACCUGUUCUUGGCAUGAAUCUGCCACUCUUGAAAAAAGGAGGACUUGUGGUUCUUCUGAUUCUUCAGACAUUUCUGGCCUGUUCCUCUUCUGGGGAAUGAUGGCCCUCAGUGCUUCUGCUGUUAUUUAACCAGUGGCGAGCAGAAGAGAAGGUAGAAAAAUACCUUCUUUUGAUCAGGAGGAUGAGAAUGGAAGCGGAGAUAGAGCUGUGCAGAAUCUCCACUAGAAGGAGCAAUAGACACUUGAACAAAUGCACCACUGAGUGUGGGUGUUACUCUUGUUGGGAAUGUGAUGAAAGGCAUUCCUCACUUUAUGGAUUUGUCGUAAAGAAGCAUCAAGAUUUCUAAUGGACCACUUGAUAGGAUACCCUUUUUUGGGUGAGAGGGAGUUAAAGGAUCUUUCACAACUGUGUCUUUAAUAACUGCUGUUUUUAAAGUACUGUUCUAGGCCAUAAAAAUAGCAUGGCUUUGCAAGAAGAGGAAAGAAGGGUCUGGGAUCUAAGAUACCCUCCUCAGAAAUUGAAGUCCUGAUUUGAACAGGGUUCUAAAGAAGUGAUACAGUUUUGCAUACAACACAAACUUUUUUAUUUGUCUUGCCCACCCCUUCUCCUGCAGAUGUUUAUACAAGGAGAUGCCGUGCUCUUGCCUACGUUGCACUUGUGAUGGCAUGGGUUUUUUUUUGAGGGCAGGGGUGUUGAAGGGCCCAGACUCAGUGAUUUUUCAAUACAAAUAAAUACAGCAAAUUAAAGAGAGGCAGGGAUGGUUUGAGUCAGUACUUUGUGAUUUGUUGUUUGUUUGCAUAUAGAAGCAGGAGCAAUAUUAUCCAGAGAGGAUUGCUAAAUUCCUUAGACUCUGCCAAACUUAAUGAAAAUUAGUUGGGAAGGCUGUUAAUUCCCAACACUCCAAAGAAAAGAUGUUAACAAAAAUAAUUGAAGCAUCUGUGGACAAAACAAGUUAUUAGUGGUUAUCAGGUUGCCAGGCUGCUUACUCUCAUCAGAACAUCUUCCUUUUUUUUUAUAAUAUAUAGAUAUGUACUUGAAUUUUGGAGGCUUUGUAUGUGCAUUGCUUCUAUGAGAGUCGUCUUCUGAUAGAUGCUUUGAUAAAUAUGUCAGAAUGUACUUUAUGGACAACCUAGCCAGUAGUAUGCAUGGGUACUCUUCAGAAAUUUCAAGCCUGUUUUAAGUAAGAGUAGUAAAGGGAUUUCUGUGGAGCUACAUGGAGCGGUACAGCAGGUCUCACUAAAUACUAGGCUGGUAUCUUCCUGCCUAACGUGGUCAAAGCCAUGGGGGUUACACAGGCAUAAAGGACAGUGGUAUUUGUCUAGAGAACUGAAAGCAUAAUCUAAUUGCUGGCAUCCAGAGCAAAGGGUUCUGUCUAUGAAGCAGCUGUGCCAAACAUCCUGAGAGAGGUGGGAAUUACUCCAUUUUCAUUAACAACUCCAGCCCCCUUUGCUUCCUACCUGGUUAUGCAGCAUCUGCUUGGUGGCAACCAUCCAUCAUCCAGGCAAGAAGAAAAGUGCAGCAUGAAGACAAGGGGAGGAAUCAGCAUGGAGAAGGGGAGGGAAGGACAGAUCUUGAUUGGUGUAGUUGGAUGGCCAAUAUCAUUUGAGGAGAAAUGCCACAGACAAAGCAACCCCUGUGAUGCUGAAUUUGAUGUUUUCUGAUGGGUGAUCUGCAGUCUCUCAGUUACAAAUAUAUAUAUAUAUAAAAACACCAACAAGGGAGUAUUUCAAACGAAUGGAGAGAAAAAAAUAAUACCAGAAGGGAAAUGAUUUUGUAGUCAAUGUAAUUUUGACUGCUGCAUAAUAUUAGAAAAUAUUGUACUGUGAAGUUACAAAUUCAAAAAGGAAAAAAAUAGCAAUUCCAAUUUUGUGAGUAUAUCAACAUUUUGCAUGCUAUGUAAGGAUCCUUUUAAGAAUUUAUAUUGCUUAGUAUCCCUCCCUUCUUAGGUCUGGGAGCAAACCUCUUUGUAAUGUAAUGUACAACUAGAAAUUCCUUCUCUCUUAUAUGUAUUUCCAUUACAUUCCGACUUCUGAAUCUGGAAAACAGAAAAAAUGUUUAUUGUAGGAGGUGCUUUUGGGGGGAGGGGGUAACGAAGGCAAGAAAACUUGAAGGCUUAGCAUUUUUUUAUAUUUAUUUCUGCCUUUUUUGAAGGUAAAAAUUAGUCACAAUCUUGAAAACCUUUGACCUAAGUCAGGCAGACCAGUAAACUACUCCGUGGUUUUGGUUUUAUGUAUUUGUUCUCAUUUUCCACAUAGUAGUUCCUUAACAAUCCUUUUUCUGUUAGCUGCACACCUGCCCAUUCCAAGCUGUUGUGUGGUGCAUCUGAUGCAGUGGCACUGCUGCUGACUGCACUGGGGAGAAAAAAAGCCCCACAAACCAACAGCAGAAGCAAAGUACAGCAGGUGGUUGGGUGACAAAACCUUUUCCUUUCCGUGUUCAGAAUCUGUGGCUGCUCCUUGCAGUGUUGAAACUGGAAAGCAAUACCAUAAUGACUGUGCCAAUUUACUUUUACCCAACUUUUUUAUUUUUAUUUAUAUAGGAAAUUAAUAUUAAUAUUAAGUUACUGAUGUAUGGUGUGUAACCAUGAGAAAUGGCUUUUGCUUUGGUUACUGUUACAGGUUGUCGCUUUAGUCUCUCAGUUACAAUGCUCAGUUCUAAUGUAACGUAAUCUAACAUGCAGGCAUGUGGAUCAGGGAAUAAAAAAAAGGUAAUUUAACGUAACCCAAUAAUUAUUUCUGUUGAGUAUGUUUUCCCCAAAGCUGGUAAUUUUGGGCUGGAAAAAACAGCAGACGUUUCUGCUAAUGAUGAAAUCAUGGACUGAUUUGAAAUAUGAGAAUUGAUUUCUAGAAUUUCUGUUAAUUUUGCAGUUUAAGUUUUUCUUCAGGUAGACGUAUGUGUUCAGAAAUGAAGCAUUUCCAAAAGGCUUUUGUUUUCUUUUCCAAGGGAUGUUGUGGGUGUGGGUUGUGUUUUGUUUUUUAAACUUUGUUGUGUUUUUAAUAAGCCUUAUCACGCUUAAAACAUAAAGGGACUUGUAAAACGUGGCUUUAGAGAAGGUCUUCUGAGUUAAUAAGCCCCCAUGAGCUGUGUCAGAAAAUCUAGCUUCUCCAUUUUGUGUAAGAAAAGGUACAAUAUAAACAACAUAAGAGCAAACUAGCCAAAAAUUACCCUUCAAAACUGCACUGAGUUUAUAUUCUUUCUGUUUUUACUGUAUUGGAAAGAAAUUUCUUAAAGCAGCUUUCAGCUGCAUGCAGCUGAAACAUUAACAUUAGCUUCAGUGGAUAUAUUGCAGGUUGUUAGGACAGACUGUACCUCCAGUUUAAGAAGAGAAAGAAGCAUAGGUUUCUUGGCAUUUAGAAAACAUUCUAAAAUUCUCUCUUUUUUAAAACACUUAUUAGUUGUUUUUGUUUUUAAUUAAAAAGCAAAGCAAAAUAAAAGGUUUGAUGAUGGGCAAGAAGUAAAUAGUACUAGAUAGUUCUCAACUUUGUUUUGUGUGUGCUUUUCAUGGGAAGAGAUUGAAAUCAAACUGAAACGCAUCCAUUGAAAUGCUGCUGAUGUUCUUUAUCCUCACACAGUUUUAAGCAAGUUGAGGUAGCAGCCGAGCUAUUGCAGGCUGUAUUUUAACGCUGCUAUGUUUUAAUGUAUCAGCUAAGGGCAAAGUACAGCUGUGCACUGACUGUAUUUGCUGAUGUCACCUGCCUGCCUUGAUUCCGACCUUCCAUUGCUCAUGUUAAGGCAAUCAGCGUGCAGAUAAAGCAGAACUGCAGUAUGUUGUGUUGGCCACGAGGUGGUAGAAUCACAGAGUGUGUUGAUAGGAGCUGCAGUAUUUUCACAGCUUAUUCAUUUUACCCGUUUAAAAUUGUGUUUCACUGUUGAGUUAGUUUUAUGUGAGCUUAUUUAAAUGGAUGUACUGUUCCGCAAAGCAUAUGUGGAUCUCUAAGUUUGCCUGUCACCCACUGUAACACUGGAAGGCACGACAACUUGUUCAUUUAUGUUAAUGUACCAUUCUUUUAAGUAUGUACAAAAUGUAAAUUGACCGACACGGCUUUCAAAGAUACUUAAAAUCUGAUGGCAAAAAAAGCAACCCUCUCUGGUUCCUCACUGAUUAAUGCUUUGUUUUCAGUGCUUGUUCUGCUGAGGCAGUGCUGAGAUGUGGCAUUCUUACUAUGGCAAUGUUAGGAAGAAGUGGGAAAUGUUUAAGAAAAGCCUCUGCUCUUUCUCUUUUCAGUUCAAAAAGAUGAGGACUUGCAGUAAUAGAAGACCAGUACAUUCAUGCUAGAUAGAAGAGAUUUGCUUCUGUUCCUUGCAGAAAAAUCUGAAAAAGCAAGUAAAUAUGUUCAGAAUCAUCAUAAUCUGGAGUAGCUGGCAAGUCAGUCACUUACUUAUUCCUUCUUAUGUUUUUAUUUAGUCCACAUAUGUUUUUCUUUGUAAGCUUUGCUAACAUUCCUUUGUAGUGCUGUCUAAAAAAAAUCAAUUUGAUACCAUCCACUUCCUUUAACACAUGGUACUUGCAGCUGAGAUCAUGGAGCCUUACCAUUAAUAUUAGCAGCCUUCCAUUCUCAGCCAGAAUUAAAUGGAUGCCCGUAUGCAUUCCAUGGAAGUUUUCAGUGGGUAGAUGAAAGUAGAUGGAUCAUCCUUAAAAUCAAGAAAGAACUGCUGAUUGAAGGAGGUGCUCAUGGCUAAUUAUUUCUUACCGAAGUCUGAGGGAAGAAAGUUGACAUAAACUGGAAAAAAAAAAACCAAAAACACCACCAUAAUUAGGAAUCAUUCUGAUAAGAUGAUCUGGAGCAGCACAAAGCAGAAACUCUCCUUUCAAGUUCCAGCAGAAGACCUGUGGCCUCAAUAACUGACUGCCUUGUCAGUAAAUAAACAUUAAUUUAGGAAUGCCAGGAAUUCAGCUGCUGCAGCCUCCCAGUUCGGAUGUGCUGCAACCCUCUUUCUCACUACUGAAACUUCAUGGUUCAGUGCCAAGAAAGCAAAGCUUAUCACAUGAUCUCUACAUUUUUCUUUUCCCCUAUGGCAAGAGUACCAGUGUGUUAUACCAAAGGGGAAACACUACUGAAAAGACAAAGGGAACCAGGAGGUUACAAUACAGUUUAUGCUAGAAGAAGCUGUUUCUAAGCUGCGAGGAUAGAAUAUCACAACACCCUGCAGUGAUUGAAUGACAGAAACAGUAGGGCCAAAGCAAAUGGAGUGUCUGCAUUAUCUCCAUUCUUCUCCUUUUCCAACAGAAACUACAUAAUCCUAUACUGUAGAAAUGAGUUUAUAGCAGGGCUAUUCCUGGAGAUGGCUAGAAUACUUCCAGUUUUCUUGUACAGAGUGGACCAGAUUGAGUUAUAGCUCCAGUUUUGCAUGGGCUUGUUUUGAAGUAAGAAACGUUCUAUUUUUUUGCCUGUUCAAGCAUACUUGCGAAUGAAUAUGAUUACAGAGUGCCCAAGCCUAGAAGAAAUGUUUGUUUUACUGCUCUGUCUUAAUUGCAGUCAUGCUCAGAUGAUCUCAUUGAAGUGAUUCAUCAGAAUGGAGAAUACUUCUUAGAUUUUUUUGCUAGGGCUUGUGUACGUGUAAUUAUUGCAGUGACAAGAUGUUCUGAGAUUUCAGGGCAUUCUACAGAUCAGCCAUUCAUCUGCGGAGACCAGUUUAUAUCCCUGUGGAUAUAUGGAGGAGCAUUCUUGUAUACAAAACAGCUUCCUGCCUGAAAAGAGAACAUAGCUGCUUCCCACACAUGGGCCAAAAGAACCACAAUGGGAAGAGCCCACCAGCGAGCAGAUGGCCUUGAUCCUUAGAGGCUUGUGUUUUCCCUGGUCAAGCAAAGCCCAGAAAGCUAAUAUGGGGUUAGACCCAUCCCAUCUCUUCUUUGUAGUGCUUAAUUGAAUUAUCAACCCCCAAUAUAAACAGGCAAGCUCAAAUUUUCUCCAUUUUAGUCAUGUUUUGGGAGAGGACUUCUAUUACCAUUAUGGGAUUAUGGAAAUAGCUGAAAACUGUUCUAAAUAUUAAAACUCCUUCAAACAUAGCAGUAGUAUAAUGAAAAUGCUGACAUAGCAGAGAAGUUCUUCACAACAGCCUCUUCUAAUGCAUCCACUCUGCUCAGGAGUAUCAGGAGAAAUCUUAUCUUGAGCUCCAUACAAAAAAUAUUGGAAGUUGGUCAGUAAUUUGGAAUCCUGGAUACACAGGGAUAGAUCUGUUACAGAGGUGGGAUAUCAAUAACUAGGAACUAUCCAAGGCAGCAAAAAUAGGGUGAAGAAUUAAUGCUGGAUGACAGCACCACAAUGGUACGGUGAAGUUAAAUGUGAUCUCAUGGAAGGACAUGUGUGAUGUAUUGUCCUUCCUGUGUCUGUCUAGCAAAAACCAACAAGAACAAAACAAAGCCUUCUCUUGCAUAUACUGGUUGUGUAGUUUGUUCUUAUCUCUGUUACAAGUGUUUAUAAUCCAUGAAGAAUGCCAAUGAAAGGAGGUAAUAAGACUACUUAAAUACAAAUGCAAUUAUAUAAUUAGUGGUAAUUUAUGAGAUGUAGAAGAAAACUUGUUAUUGUUUGGAUAAUUUGGGGUUUCUUCAGAAUUAAUACUAUUGGUGUUAUUUUAAUCCCACUGUGUUAGAGUUGACAUUUCAUACUGCUGUUGUCAGUGCUUCGGUAUCUCAGUGCUCUGUUUUUUGCAAAGGAAACCAAUCCUAAUAGCUUAAUACUGAAAGGUGUUGGAACAACUGCUAAAUAUCUCUCAGUUUAGGCCCAUGGGAGGAAAAAAAAAUGGAAAAAGGGGGAAAAUAAUCAUUCAGGAUUUAUUUUUUGUUUUAUUUUCUGAGAUAAGUGGUAUGAGAGGGAUAAAAUAACUGUAUUUGGGGGAAGAAAACAAGUCUAAGGCAUUUGUAGCCUUUCUUUGUACACAGUGUUAAAUAAAAUCUCCUGUAUCUGUUUGUCAGGGUUCUUUGGGUCUUAUUUAAUUAAAAACUGGGCCUACAUUAAA